CCAUGGAGACAAGUGGCAGGGAUGGCGUUUUGCCACCGAUGGUGGUGACCCCGUUUUCCAUGACUCCAGGGCCGCCUGCCAGUGCCAUCACGUGGGGACUCCACCUCCCCAGAGCCAGAGCAGACUCUGGACCCUCAGACCUUGCCCUGCUGGGCUGUUACAACAACUCUGCCUCUGAAGCCUCUGGACACGGCAGUGACUGCUCUGAGGACCCCACAGGAGCCGGAGCCAUGCGCGUGGCCGUCAUCGGGGCCGGGGUGAUCGGGCUCUCCAGCGCCCUGUGCAUCCAUGAGCAGUUCCACAGCCUGCUGCCCUCCCUGCAGCUGGAGAUCUACGCUGACCACUUCACCCCCCACACCACCAGCGACGGGGCAGCCGGGCUGUGGCAGCCCUACCUGAGUGACCAUGGCAACCUGCAGGAGACGCUCUGGAAUAAAGAGACGUUUGAUUACCUCCUCGGGCAGCUGCACUCCCCAGCAGCCAAGGAAAUGGGACUUUUCCUCAUUUCUGGCUACAACCUGUUCACAGAGCCCGUGCCGGACCCAUCCUGGAAGAACAUUGUCCUGGGGUUCAGGAACUUGACACCAAAAGAACUUGAACUCUUCCCUGGUUACAGCUAUGGCUGGUUCAACACGGCGCUGAUGCUGGAGGGCAGGAGUUACCUGCCCUGGCUCACCAACAGGCUGACGCAGAGGGGAGUGAAGUUUUUCCAUAAGAAGGUUGAGUCUUUCCAGGAGCUGUUUUCCCAGGGUGUGGAUGUGGUGCUAAACUGCAGCGGGAUGCGUGCAGGGAACCUGCAGCCCGACCCGGAGCUGCAGCCCGGCCGGGGCCAGAUCAUCAAGGUGCUGGCCCCGUGGGUGAAGCAUUUCAUCAUCACUCACAACUUGAAAUCCGGGAUCUACAACUCUCCCUACAUCAUCCCGGGGAGCGAGUUCACGGUCCUGGGAGGGAUUUACCAGCACGGAAACUGGAGUGAGGAGAACAGUGCCAAGGAUCACAAAUCCAUCUGGGACAGCUGCUGCAGGCUGCUCCCAGCUCUCCAGAAGGCAAAAAUCGUGGGGGAGUGGAGCGGCCUGAGACCAGCACGGCCCUCGGUCCGCCUGGAGCGGGAGAGGAUCCGCCUGGGGAACCUGCAGGGAGAGGUGAUUCACAACUACGGCCACGGCGGCUUUGGGAUCACCAUCCACUGGGGCUGUGCCAUGGCGGCAGCGCGGCUCUUCGGGAGCGUCCUGCAGGACAAGAGGCAGCUGAGCACCCCCCCAGGGCCCCGUUUGUGAGCACCAGCUCCUCUGGAAUAUGUGACAGAGGUAGCUUAGGAAUCACAGCAGAAGGAUGGGAACAACACAGGGAUGCACACACAGGACCCUGCUCCAGCUCUGGCUCUCAGCGCCUCGUUUCCAUUUCGCCGCCGUUUUCCAGAUGGCUCCGCUCCCUCCUCGAGCUGCCUGGAGGAAAGGCUUUCAAAUAUCAACUAAUUAUCCAUGGCAAAGUGCACCAAGUGCUGUCUGGGUUCAGCUGAACCCUGGACAAGUCCUGCAGUUCAUCUGCACCAGGGGACAGGAUGUGAAACGGAGCUGGGGACACCUGAGGUCCGUGCUGGCUGCUCCAGCACCCAGGGUGUAAUUAGAUUUACAGGCUCCCCCCCUGGAGGCAAAAGCUCCUUAGUAGGAAGAAGCUCUGAGGCUCCCAGGGAAGUCACAGCAGCUCUGGGAGCACGUGCCUGGGUUACACCAGUUUUCCUCACAUUCCUGCCAGGACAAAGCUUGGGCCACAGCACCUGCUUAGUGUAGCUGGCACCAGACAGCAGCACUUGCCUAAAAUGGCCUUUCCAAACGAUGUUUUAGCAACAAAAGCAACUUGUUCCAGCCCUGUGGGCUUGCCAGGCUCUAUAUAUAGCAGAGAGCAUAAGAAAAUAGCUCCUCUUGUCCCUAAAACUCCCAUGGGCCCCUCAGCUUCCCAUUUCUCCCAGCUGUGGGACACAGCUCAGAGAGAGGGCCUGGCUUGGGAAAGGUUGUGCCUCUCAGAGGAGGAGCAGAACUUUUUGGGGUGUUCAGGGAUGCUGUUGAGGACCCAACACUCUGCUCUGAAGAUAAAACCUGGCUGAUUUUCCCAUGCUUUACAAACCAUCCCAGACAGGGCACUGGAUGGUGAGGAAGUCUCAAAUGCAAAGGCUGCUCUGAGGCCAGCACAGUGUCUGCUCCCUCUCCUGUGUGGAUAAGCCAAGUGCUCCUUACUCAUCUGUGAUGCAGCUCUGCUGAUGGAUCCAUGUGCCAGGAAUAGCUCAGCAGUGUGGAACUGGGGAAUGUCUGAGUGCAUCUCUGUGCUGGGCUUAAAUUGGGAGCCACUGCCAUGCCCAGUCUGCCCAAAGAAAUUCCAGCUUCCCUGGAAAUGUUGCAGUCACUGGGUAGAAUCAGGAAAAGGAAAACAAAGGCUGGAGAAAAUUCCCUGCUGAUGAACACUGAUCUCGAUGGUCUGUGAUCUCACCUCAGGAAAAGCCAUUCAGGGCAACUGGAGCCCCUUGGUUUCAUUUAUUCAAAUAUGAGGCAUUCAGGAGCACAUUCUCUGCUGUAAAUCCAGCCCCACUUUGGUGAUUUUGGGAAACAAAAGGGGGUAGGAAUCAUUGUACACCUGGCAACAAGCAGCUGAUUGUUGUGAUCUCAGAGCCUGCAGGAGCCACUGCCCUGUGAUCUCACACAGCCUCUGGGCUGAUCUUAUUCAUUUUAUUUGCAGGUUAAUUGUUUUCUAAAGGCCUCCAUUUAAUCUCUGUGACCAAUAAAACCAAUGUUCAAAUCUCUUAUGCAUGAUGCUUCUUCCUCUUAGUGAUGGCACAGGAAGAGACUCAAAUGCUGAUUCCAUGGAAGUGUCCCAGGAGAUCAUCAUUCCAUGCCUCCACACACAUUUUUCCUAAACAUUUCAUCCUGGAGGAGUAGGAAUCAUCACUCCAGAUUCCAAGCAGACCAGGGAACCUGGAAUAUCAUGGUGUGAAGAUCUGUGGUUGCUGACAGUCCCCAGGGCAUUAAGAAAUCAGAAAUCACAGAAUCAUUCCAGUCCCACC